AUGUCCAAAAAAUUUUCCCACAAAAAUUUAUUUUCAAUAGUAACCCACACAUCAAAACUGACCAAAUACUCUAGCCUGUUAUGCCUAACACUUCAGAAUGUUGCUCUCAUCAUAGCUAUGAGAUACUCAAGAAUGCGACACGGCGACAAAUACAUAAUGACAACUGCCGUCGUUGCUGCCGAAACCUUAAAAUUCGUCAGCUGUCUGUUGAUAAUCCUCAUACAGGAGGGUUCGUAUUCGGGCUGGGUGAGGCACCUUCACACCAACAUCAUCAAGCAGCCGCUCGACUGCCUGAAAAUAUCUGUACCUGGAAUUAUUUACAUGGUUCAGAAUAAUCUGCUGUAUAUCGCUGUUGCUAAUUUAGAAGCGGCCACGUUUCAGGUUGUAUACCAGUUGAAGAUCUUAACUACCGCCUUGUUCAGUGUAUCGAUGUUAGGGAAACAACUGAGGGGGGUCCAGUGGAUCUCCCUGUUCAUUCUAUUUGCCGGAGUGUCCAUGAUAAUCCACAUGCAAGCCAAUGAAAGCAAACAACUGCAUAAAUUAUCAGACCAUGUGACGUCGAAAAGCGCGAUUCUCGCGGACGAAGUUAAACGAUUAAAAGACCCGAAAUCAGCGCAAAACCCUUUGCUGGGAAUCGUAGCCGUCCUAAUCUCGUGCGUGCUAUCCGGAUUCGCCGGGGUCUACUUCGAGCGACUCCUGAAAAACACGCCGCAAUCCUUAUAUAUCCGAAACGUGCAGUUGGGAGCGUUCGGCGUACUCACGGGACUCGUUACGGUAAUAGUAUUCGACUCGAAAGAAAUUAGCGAGAAAGGUUUCUUCUUCGGUUACGAUUUCGUCGUCGUCCUGCUUAUUGUGCUGCAGUCAGUGGGUGGCAUUUUAGUGGCCGUGGUCGUAAAAUACGCCGAUAACAUCUUGAAAGGAUUUGCCACAUCGGCAGCCAUAGUGGUCUCCUGCAUCGUGUCCAUUGUUUUCUUCGAUUUUCAACCGUCUUCCACGUUUUUGGUGGCCACUGUCCUGGUCAUCUGGUCUGUCUACAUGUACAACUCGGGCACUUUAACGAUCUUUGGCUACUCUGCAGCUAGAAAAAGCGUCCAAAAUGUAUAAUAAAUCUUUAUUUCGUUUUUGUAACUAUUUUACUAGCUAUCUAUUAGUCGUCUUCCUUUAAGAUUUUUAGGUUUUUCGUUGAUUAAACUACAUUUUUUUGCCAAUUUGGUUGGUUUUAUUUAUUUUCAUUGGGUUCUCAUUUACUCACACACACACACACACACAUAUAUAUAUAUAUAUCAGGAUACUAUGCAGUAUAUUUUUUCUAUGUACAAAAUUUGAUAAAUAUCAUAUCAUCAUCAUCAAUAUUAUUAGUAUUAUUUUAUUAUUAUUAUUAUUGUUGUUGUUGUUUAUUUUUAUUAUUAAUGUUGUUAUUAUCAAUGUAAUUACUAUAAUGAUAGUAAUUUA